CAAAAUAACUCUCUACAAACCUACCAACCUAGUAAAACCAGCAGAGCGACCAAACCAAGAAGAAGGUGCUGAAGAAGAAGAAAACAAAGAAGAUGGAAAAUCCAGGUGAUCAGGAGCACAAAGAAAAUAAGGAACACUCAUACCAGCUUCUUCAAGGUCCAUGUAACUUUUUGGAGCAACUUACGAAGGCUUUCCUCAACUGCCUGGGCCUUCUUGACCAUACAUCCACUUCUUCAAAAUCUGCAGAAAAUGAAGCUGAAAAGAAUAGCUCUGAAGAGAAUAACAAAGUCCAGGAAAAUACAUGGCCUUCAACAAUGCUUUUAAGACAACCUUCACCUUCACCAAUUAGUUCAGGGCCUCCCGGUGGUCAGAUCAACAAUGUUUCUCCAAAUUAAUUGAGAUGACUUAAUUAAUAUAUAUAUAUAUAUAUAUGCUUCCUGAUUAGGUAUAUAUAUACAUAUAUAAAUAAAUAAUUCAAGUUUGUAAGUUGUACCCUGUUUUUUUUAAAUCAUAUAUAUAUAUAUAUAUAUAUAUGAGAACUACCUGAUUAUCUCCUUUAAUUGGAAUGGUGGG